AUGGGACAGCUGACGGUCCAGCAGUUGAUACGCUGGCUGGAGGGGCUUGACGUGGAUCUGUCCCCGGCAAUCCCUCCUGUCCGUGCACGGCAAAGGCUUUGGGAGGAGAUCGAACAGUCCAAGCCGCCAGCACUGGAGCAGGUCACGGACCCGCUGCAUCUAGAGCACUGGCCCCUCUCAGCGACGCUGCGAUGGCUGGAGUACUUCGGCGCUUUGGAUGAGUCCCUGGCGAAGAAGGACAAGCUCAUAGCCAUGCUCCUCGAACAGGGCGAGGACUUGUCUCCUCCCAACUUCGAGGCCAGCGAAGAGGACAACUUCCUCACAGAGGUCUCGAGACACGUCGGCAUGGUGAAGCAGGCGGCGUCAAGCAUCAUUGCCAACCUGUCGGAGCAGCUGGCGCAGGUGGACGCCGUUGAGCGGCCCAAGCACCGGUGGUUUGCCAACGGCAAGGCACUCUCGAACUUCAGCCCAGAGGAGUUCCAGGCCACCAAAGAGCUGGAUAUCCCGAUGGUUCACAUGAAAGCCGGGGAUCGAGUCGACGUUACCCUGAACGAGGCCGGCGGCUGGGCCUGGGUUGUCCUGGAAGAUGAAGUCACAUCCGGGUGGGCGCCGUAUGCAACUGACACGAUUCUUGUUUUGGCCGUUUGGCUCUGCUGCACGAGGCCAGUAUGGACCGAGUGCAUGCCCCUCAAUGAGGACACGGGCAAGAUUGAUGGAGUGCGAGUGACAGCGAAUAUUAUCGCCGGGUGCAUCAUCGGCAUCCGACAAACACUCACUGGCAUUGUCAGCGCGACAUUGGUGUUCACGGGAUCAUCCUUCCCAGAGGUCACACACAUGUUCUCCUUCGGCAUCUGCAUGAUGUGGUACUCCACCAUGGCCGGAUCAGCAUUCUAUGCCAUCUUCGGGCGACUGCAGUACAACACCAGCGCAACGCAAGAGGUCUGUGCGAUCCUCUACGGUGCCAUGGCGCAGAAUGCGGCCGAGACUCUGCGUAAGGCAGGGCAGCCGGAACGGAUCCCGGCCACGGUCCUGGCGCUCAUCAUGGCAGGAACCUCCCUGACUGGACUCUGCAGCGUGCUGCUGGGGAAGCUGGGGGUCGGCAAGGUCAUGCUCCGCUUUCCCAGUCCCGUGACAAGCGGCUUUCUGGGCACCAUCGGCUUCUUCCUUGUGCGAACUGCCCUGCAGAUUUCCUCCGGCGUGCAAUUUCAGUACUUCUACCCGGUGAGCUUUGUCGAUUUCUUUGCACUGCGAAGCAUGGCGCCCGUCUGCUGCCUGCUGUCCAUGGUGGUGCUGAUUCGAAAUGGCCCUGCAUUGAUCGCCAAGAAGUAUGGCCAGAACAAAGCAGUCAUGAAGCUCUCUGGGCUCGGAUGUCAGCUUCUCCCACUGGCCCUCUUUUACAUGGUCAUCUUCUGCUGCAGAAUCCCCAUGGAAGUGCUCAGCGAGACGGGCUGGACCUUCCCGGCACAAGCAGGCCGCUCAUUUUGGGGCUUGUGGACGACCUACAGCAUCAGCGAUGCAGAUCCUGACGUGCUGCUGUCCAAUGUCUCUUCGAUGUUCAUGCUGGUCAUCAUGUCCGUUCUCUGCACAAUGACCGGUGUCCUGGGCAUCACUGGGAAGUUCGCUUCAGGUCCGGACGGAGACCCAUCCCCUAUGGAAGUGGUCGACUUCGAUGCAGAGCUCACGACCGUUGGCUUCGGCUCCCUCCUCACAGGCCUGACCCAUGGCGUGGUGACCUUUCACCGCCUUGGCAGCUCCAUCCAGCUGCGCAUGGAUGGGGGUACGCACCGCCUCGCCGUGCUGACCUCCUCGGCCUUCGUGGGCAUCUUCUUCUUUACCAAUGUGCCGCUGGGCCACUUCAUCCCGAAGUUCUUUCUGGGUGGCCUCUUCAUGGGCAGCGGUGCAAGUUUCCUGGAGAGCGCCUUCCUCUCCUUCCGCAGCUUGCCACCCCUCUGGGUUCUGGGCUACCGGCUCCCUUCGCUGCAGUACUGGGUGACGGUGGCCUGCAUCCUUGUCGCGGCCCUCAGCUCGCCUUUCCAGGGCAUUGGGGCCGGCUUGGCACUGAGUCUGGUCAUCUUCCUCUACGACAGCACGCAGUCCUCUCCUGUGGACAGCAUGUCCACCGGGGACCGGACCAUGAGCCGCACGCGGCGACCCUUCUGGGAGCUUGAGUCCCUCGGCGCUGAGGGACAGCGCAUCCUGCUGCUCUAUCUUCAGGGCCAGCUCUUCUUCGGCUCGGGGCAGACGCUGGCCGCCAGCCUCGUGGAGACGAUCGAGGGGGCCCGCAGGCCUUUGCCGCCAGAGUUCUGCAUCCUCAGCUUCGGGAAAGUUUCGAGCAUCGAUGCCUCCGCUGCUGAGCAGCUGAAGACCUCUGUCAAGCGAGUGGCCACCCUGGGGUGCAAGGUCCUCUUCUGCCGGAUGAACUCGCAAGUCUUCGAGGCUCUUUCGGUCAGCGGCGUGGUCAAGUCACCCGACUCUGACCUGCGGGAGCUCCUGGGCCUGAGCGACCCUUCGGAAGAUGGAAGCUGGCAGGACUCCCCGAGUCCUCCUCCGGAGCUGAAUGCGGAGAUGGAGGCAAACAGCCCAACAGGCAAAGGUGACAUGAACUGCUGGGCGAAGAUGCAGCCCUUCAGGCCCUUAGGGCAGGCGGACUACGAUGCAUUCGACGAUGUGACGGAUGCUCUCGACUACACGGGAGAUCAGGUGCUUGAGCGCUACCUGUACACCCGACAACAGCUGGACACGUUCAUGCUGGAGUACCGGACUGCUUGCUCGACCGGGUCACGCCUUGGCCACGCUGCAUUCGAGGCCAUGAACCUGCUGCCGGCAGGUUUCCUCGGCCGGUUGCAGUCUUUCUGCUUGGUCGAGCGCAGCCUCACGUCGGGAUCCCGUCUUCCCGGUUCCGACGCGCUCUUCCUGAUACUGCAAGGUGCGGUUGCUAUGGUGGAGCUGCCCGAGGAAGGCAAGGACGGAAGGAACAGCCAGGUCUCGGUGAAAGGUUUCCAGGGCCGCCGAGGGACGCGGCUGAUGAGGCGGUACCCGCCGGGAAGCUGUGUUGGAAUUCACGAGUUCCUGCUCACAGGUUGCAAGAGGCUCACCCGAGCAACGACCAGAUGGGUGGUCUCCAGCAAGUUUGGUUAUUCUACGGAAGUUUGGUGCCUCGACAGAGAGGCUUGGAAGUCGAUGACUGAGGACCUUCGGCAGAUCCUUAGCGACUGGUGCCUGCGGCAGUUAGCCGAGGCCCUGUCGAGCGCCGUGACGGAGGUUGCAAAUGCCCUUCAGGACUACGGACAGGAUUCCGAGGAAGCCGAGGGCAUGAGCCUGCGCUGCGUGAAGGGAGAAGAGCUUGAGGUCAUCCUUCGCCACUACAGCGGCUGGACCCUGUGCCGGAAGCCGAUUCCGGGAGAAGGAGAUCUGACUCCCAAGCAACCAGCGGAGGAGGGCUGGAUGCCGGACAACUGUCUCAGCGACCAUCCCAGGAACAUGGCCACGAAGCAGCAGCACCUCAUCCUCUCGGGGCUUCAGCGCCUCGCUGCGGAGCUGAGCCAGGUCGAGGCCUCGCUGUACCGGAUUCAGACGGAGGGCGCAGAGGAGGAGGAUUCCCUGCAGACGCUCCAUGCCAAGGUAUGCGAGCUUGUGGAGGAGUACCGAAACAUCGCCGCUAUCCUGCAGGCCAACCCGCAGCUCCUGGGCCAGGAGGAGAGCCAGGCUGUUUCGGAGGAGGACCGCAAGGCCCAGGAGCCCACGAAUGCCAACGGCCUGCCAGCUUGGGUCCGUGUGGAGGGCCGCUGCUACUACGUUUCGAAGACGCAGAAGAAGCUGAUGAGCGUGACGAUCAAGCGCGUCUGCGACGUGCGCCAGCAGAUUCUCGUCACGUUCGACUCCGACCGCAACGCUCGGAAAGUGGUGGAGUUCGCAGCUUUUGCAGACGUGGCCUCCUGCCCCCUUCAGCCCAAGGAGAAGUCGAAGACGAGGAAGAGCCGGGUCAAGAAGCCUCACGACGAGCUUGCAGAAGAUCUCCGGGAUGUUAUCCAGGACCUGGGACCUCCAGGCGAAAUCUCAGCUGCUGCGUCGUCGGAUUCCGAGUCGGACAGCUACACUUCCAGCGACUACACGUCCUCCACGGCUUUGGGCUCUGACCGGGGAGAUGCGGCUACCGGGCCUGAGUUCCAUGAGGGAAGCGGCUCGUCGACAUCGCCCUGCUUCGGACCCGAGCAAGCCGAGGCCCGUGAGCUUGUUGAACCGAGAGCGGAGGGGUGCAUCCGUAAAGCUCGCUUGUCGGCUACAGCAACCUGCACAGCAGCCGGUGCUAAAGUGCUUGUGGCAUGCUUCUGCGCAGCAGCAUGGGAUGUUCGUUGCCCGCAGCUGGCAGCGCUGCUGCAGUCAUGA